CUAUUCCUUAUAAUAUACAUCCUCAAAUUAUAUACCCAUCACACCUAUUGGAUUAUAAUCUAUCUUUUUAUAUUGUUUUCUUAUGUUUCUUAUAAAUCAGCAAUAUAGAAAGGUCUUUGAAUAUAAAGUCAAAAAAAAUGUUGUGCCAGAAACUAAAUUAGGCUAAAGAACGAAACUAAAGAACCCUGCUGACCCAACUUUAGCAAUGACAUAUAAAAGAUACAGAAAAUUAUAUAAUUAGUUACUUAAAAAGGUUAGGCGUGCAUAUGAAACGGAUGAAAUGAUUAAAUAUAAUAAAAUAGUAGGAAACUGGGAGACCAUUAAUAAUGUUACUACAUCGAAAAAGACUUAAUUGUCAUCUAUAGAACUUUUGAAAAAUUGUAAUCCACAAGAAAAAGUUAACAGUAUAAAUUAAUUCCUUGCAAAUGUGGGGAAAAACAUUGCUACUGGCCUAGGUAAUGGUUUCCUAUGUUAACACUACACCACCCCCAAUAACAUAUUCUCUUGUCCUCAUGCCCACUGACAAACCAGAAGUAGAUUGGUGAUGAAUCUGUGAGAUAAAUGAUCUGAUAUCUGGCCGACUCCUCAAACAACAUAACGAAGUUUUGGUAUCACCUAUCACUUACAUAUGCAACCUCUUCAUGGAAAAAGGUGUGUUGCCAGCCAUCUACAAGAAAUUUCUCAUAACGCCUAUCUACAAGGGAAGUGACAUAGGCCUUGUAGACGUAUACGCCUAUCUCCUUCCAUAUUUCAUACUCACAAUAUGGGUUUCGUUCGGGUAGGUCCACUGAUGACGAAGUUAAUUUCUUGACCGAUUUUAUAGUUGGGAAUAUGGACAGGAGGAAAAAAGUCAUUGACUUAUGCAAAGCAUUUGACACUAUCUCUGUCGUAAUCCUUUUCCACGUGAGGACGGUGAAUUAAACUAAAAUCGAGUUGGUGCCGCAGGGCAGUGUUCUUGGAGCCACAUUGUUCCUCAUUUACAUCAAUGAAUUAUGUGGGAUGAAUUUUAGAAAUGGAAAAGUUGUGACCUUUGCUGAUGACGUAGUCUUGAUGUUAUAAUCAAGAUUAGUUUGAGGCGUUUCAACAUGCUCAGACUCUAAUGCUCUGAAUUUGGUAUCUGAUGAGCUAUAUGGCUUUUCUGUCCCUUAACACUGAAAAGACCAAAUUCAUGACCUUCGCAAUAACAAAGCGUGAAAUUCCUUCUGGUUUUGCACUUAUGUCACAUGCUGGUUCAUGUCUAACCAAAUCGCACUGCAGCGGUCUAUAACUCAACUCCGCAUGUACUGUGUGAAGUACUUGGGAGUCCUGCUAGAUUACAAACUUAAUUUUCAAGCUCAAGUUGACCGACUGACAGAUAGAAUAAGAAAAUUGAUCAAAAUUUUGAGGCUCAUUGCUAAUCACCCAUUAAUAAAAACUGUCUACUUGUCACUAUGUCAUUCCAUUCUGGGCUAUUAUAUCUCUUCAUGGGGUGGCUCCGCAAAAUCCCACUUUUUGAAAUUAUAGAGACCUCAGAGGGCAAUACUCAAGGUUAGUGCUUUCCUUCCCUUCAUUUGUCCCACGGCAGAGAUAUAUAAACAUUGGAAGGUGCUCUUUGCCCGCCAAAUGUUCAUUCUUGCCACAAUUCUAGGCAAAUACUCGCUUAUCAACUACGACCAAUACCUCAAAGAUAAUAAGCGUAGAAAAGGCACAGUUUGUACUACAAAACCGUUUCGCACAAUUUUUGCCCAGAAAUUAUUUUGUAUUUUGGGGGAUUACUUAUCUAAUAAGGUCAACACUCCCCUCUCCAUAUAUCCCCUAACAAAAUAUGAGUGCAAGUAGACGGUUGCACUGUGGCUACUGGACCUCAACUAUGAGGAUACAGAAAAAAUGCUAACCAUAAUAAAAUAGUUGAGUAUAAAGUUGACACUAAAUUUUAUGUUAAAUGUUAUGUAAUAAUUUAUAGUAUAAUAGUUUAAGUUUAUUAGAAUAACAAUUAAGUAAUAAGACAUACACAGACACACUUACACACACUCAUAGCCAUACACACACACUAUAUAUAAUUUUUUGUUAAUGUUGUUGCAACUUAAUGGAAAAACAUCACACCUAUUUUGUACAUAUUGUCAGUUAUACAGGUAUACCUUCAAACAUAAUCUACAUUGAAGGCCUGAAUGUUUCAAAAUUACCGGAAAUCAAUAACGAUAAGUGUGACAAUAAGUUUGACAACUGGCAAAUUUAAUAUAUCCUCACAUUAGAUGUUCGGUAAACACAGUAAAAUAUUUUAAUACGUCUGUCUAUGUCCUGUAGGUACUUAAUUCUAGAUGAUCAGCUGAUAAGAUUACGAGCCCCGAUGCAAAAUAGUUCGUCUAGUGUGAGAUUUUUCUAACUUCAUUAUUUUUGUAUAUCUAUAUAAAAUCACAUGUCGCGUUACUUAUGCAUUUUUUUAAUUAUGAACCAAUAAACUAUUUUAGAUUUUUAAAUGUAUACAUAUUCUGUUUUAAAUUCGUAGAAGUUAUAAGCAACAUAGUUCGUCUAAUUGUUAAUCGAUGCAAAAGAGUUCGUCUAUCGGUGAGUUAAAUAAGAUUAUUCCUUCUUUGUACAAUUAUGUUGCAUAAUUUAAAUUUGUAAAAGUAAUUCUGUGUAUUUUUCAUUAGGUUUGAAAUAACAAUGGGUCGUGGCAAACCCAAAUGUGUAAAGAGCUUCGAAAGCGAAUAGUUUGUGGGGUCGAUACUGGCAAAUCAAGUUACCAAAUAUCUAAAGACUUGAUACUAGAGGUCUAGAGUCCAAUCUAUCAGCACUAUAAAAAGAAUAGUACGACUUCUUUUUCGAAGAAAACUGGUCGACCACGCAUCACAAGUGCAGUAGAAAACAGAAUCCUGAAGAAAAUUAUCAAAAAUAAUCGUUGAGCUCGGGCUGGAGUACUCACGGUGCAAUGGAAGUACCUGAUUCACAAAGACGUCUCAGUUGAUACUAGCAAAAGAGUCCUAAAUAGAAUGGGUUACGGAUUUUACACCCCUAAGGAGAAACCACUGUUGACUGCUGUACAUGAAAACGAGGUUGAAGUUUGCUCGUGAUAAUUUAAAUUGGACUUCCGAUCAGUGGGAUACUUCAUGUGGAGUGACAGUCGGCGAUGAAAGGAAAAAAGUGAUUCGGAACAGUUCUGAUCGUCUCAAACGCAAAGUGAAGUUUCGUGCGUUAAGUUAAAGUGCGUCUCUUAUGCAGUUUAGGUUUAUUUUUACCCACUAUCUAAAUAUGAAUGUAAAAGCGGUUACUAAUUGGCUGAAGACUUAUGAUGAAACAGAAGAUUUAAUAAAUGUUACUCUGUAACACACCCACUCGCCCACACACACGCACGCAUACAUACACCAAAUUUAUUUUUACGACUCCGUUUUCAAUAUUUUCUUUUAGCACUUACUUAUUUUCUUCUAUUGUAUCUUAUGACAAUGACCUGAUUGUACGUGUUCCGAUCCGGUGAUGGAGAGGCUGGCUAUCUGUCACUCAGGUCUCCUGUUACAGAGACCACUCUCUCACAUACACUUCCAAAUGUUAUCAUCUUAGUUUAAUCAUAAUUACCAUGUAUGUAUAUGUGAGAGAAGAAAUAAAGAUUAUUUAUUAUUGUUAUGGAUGGUUUUAUCAAUACUGCAAGGUAUCAAAACCUAAGGAAGAGAAUUUACUUUCCUCUAUUCCGUCACUUAUGCAUCAAGAUUUCAUUUGCAUUGCCAUACUGGAAGGACAACUACUGGACUGCUACUGGCGAAAAGCAUCCGAACAAUCGAAUGGCCUUCUAACAGCCCGGACUUGUCGAAACCCUAUGGUGGAAAAUGAAUAACGUCUCCGUAAAAAUACAUCAAGACCGAAGAGCGACUUAAAGGCUAAACUCUUGCCUGUCUGGGAGUCAAUUACGCCUGAGGAGUGUGCAGCGUUGGUUGCAACCAUGCCUCUUCGCAUUAAGGCUGUCUUUGAGAGCAAAGACGACACAACUAAGUGGUAGACGAACUAUUUUGCGUGAGUGACAAGGGUAGAUGAAUAGUUUUGCGUUAAGUUUAUUAGAAUAUUUUUAAAAAUAUUUUUAAGAUAUGUCAUGAAAGAAUUUCAGUUAUGUUACAAUAAAUUGUAUAAUGUUCCUCAAAUUGUGGUUUAGUUUUUAUUAAACGUUCUUAAUUAUUUUACCUAUAUUUACUUUCUAUAUUUUACGCUUUGCACGACUUUCCAUACAAGACAAACUAUUUUGCAUAGUUGCUCGUAUAUGUCACCAUUUAAAUUUAUAAUCCAUAGUUUGUAACUAUUUAUAAUAAAAGAAAAUGAAGACAUAGAACUUGAACUAAAUAAGGAUGGCAUUUUGUUUCAUGUAAAAAGUUAUUAUAAAGAAAAUAUAAAUUGCACUAUCAGACAGAAGUUAAACAAAUAAUCUUUUCACCCAUAUUGACUGUUGAAUUUUAAUGAGUUUUACAAAGGUUUCGUCAAUUACCUAUAUUAAUGAGUGUAAUUAACCUUAAUAUCUGGUUGUCCGUUAUAAUUGAAUUUUAAAUUUUUAGAUGCAGUCAUAAUUUAGAUGAUUUGCAACCAGUGUUUUUACUUUGAAAUAUCUUUGUAGAUUUUUAUAGCUUAGCCACAGAAAUUGAUAUGAAGGUCUAGGCUAAUCUGUCGAACCACGUUUUUCAUUGAUAUCAUGUAUUUGAUAAGAUAUGUUCAGUCACUCUUUCAUUGUCGCAUUAAAAGGCUGAAUUACCUGUGUUUUUUAAAUAUGAUUAGUGAAGUGAAGUUAUGAUGAGGAAUUAUGUAUCUGUGCGAAACUUUUUUCAGCGACUUCAAGAAUGUCUACUUUCGUGUUGUCUAUUGGUCACGUUUUGGCGCCCGAAAAAGGUGACCGACAUCUCGGAGACGCGUCUUAUCGAAGUAGGCGUAGUGGACCAGGGAAAGAAAAAACACAACAUGAUCAAAACAUCCAAAUACACAUUUCUUAUGUUUCUGCCCAAGAACUUAAUGGAGCAGUUCCGUAGAGUUGUCAAUUUUUACUUCUUGUUCGUCACCGUUAUCGCUAUUGUUAUUGAUAGUCCCGUAUCACCCUUUACUAGCAUAGCGCCAUUGAGUUUUAUGGUGCUCGUGACAGCUGUCAAACAAGGUUAUGAAGACUGGCUUCGACAUAAAGCAGAUGAUAAAGUCAACAACCAAAUAGUGGAAAUAGUUCACAAAGGAGUUAUAAAGGAGGUUCGGAAUUCUACUAUUUCCCCCGGUGCCCUCGUGAGAGUGAAAAGAGGAUGGGAGGUACCAGCAGAUCUGGUUCUUUUAUGUUCUGCUGGUGAAAAGGGAAAAUGUUUCGUCACCACCGCAAAUUUAGAUGGGGAGACCAAUUUGAAGACUCUCAGGGUUCCACCACCUUUCAUUGGAUACACUCCAGAUAUAAUUCCGCCUGGUAUCCGCAUAGAACUACCACAUCCGGUCGCAGAUCUUUAUACGUUCUACGGUCGAUUGGAAAUACCGGCCCAACCCAGUUUACCAUUAAAUACUGAUAAUAUAAUGCUCAGAGGAUCUCGAGUGAAGAAUACUGAAUGGGCUAUUGGAUGUGCCGUCUAUACUGGUGAAGAAACAAAACUGGCUCUUAACUCUAAGUAUUCAGGGAACAAAUUCUCAUCAAGCGAAUCUGCAGUCAACGGAUUCCUUGUGCUACUCAUCUACGUUCUAAUUUUCGAAGUGAUUGGUUCUUUUGUCGCCAAAAUACUCAUAGAAAUGUGGAAUCCAAAAAGACUUGAAUAUUUCGGCUUCGAAGACGUCUUUCCAUUAACAGCGUCUAGUGUUCUACAGGAUCUCUUCUCUUUUCUUCUCCUGUACUACUACAUUAUACCCAUCUCUUUGUACGUGACGAUAGAGCUGUAUAAAUUUAUUGGUGCCCUCUUCAUCGGUUGGGAUGAAGAACUCCGAUGCGAAGAGACUGGCAGACCAGCGAUCGCCAAUACCUCUGACCUCAACGAAGAGUUGGGUCAAGUAGAGGUACUCUUCUCGGACAAGACUGGCACUCUCACAAAGAACCUUAUGGCUUUCAAAGCAUGUUCAAUAAAAGGACAGAUUUAUGAAGAGAGGGAAGGAAAAUUGUUUGAUACUGGAAAGUUUGAUGAAGCCGUUGAUACACUUCAGACAGACCUCCAAUUUUUCUUCACAAUACUCGCAUUGUGUCACUCGGUUCAACUCUCGAACGAAGACAUGAAAAAAUUAAGCGCACGUCUCUCGGGAACUGGAAAUAUGCAGUUAAUGAACUUCUUCCGACGGAAAAAGAUUACGAAAGCGAAUGGAAAUAGUAGUGUUAUUGAUAGCGUUACAUGGAACGCCAUUUUGAAUGAGAACGGCAGUAAAAUGGACUACCAGGGAAGCAGCCCCGACGAAAAGGCCUUAGUAGAGGCAGCUGAUAGGUUUCAAGUGACCUUUUUGGGGGAUGAAGGGAACAAUCUGGUAUUAAAGGUCGGAACUAAUACGGAGAUGUAUGAACGACUUCAGUUGAUUGAAUUUACGUCUGAAAGGAAGCGUAUGUCCGUCAUAGUAAAGGAUAAAGAUGGGAAGAUAUGGCUAUUUUGUAAAGGUGCAGAAUCUUCAGUGUUUCCUAUAUGCAAGGAUUCGGCACUAAUAGAGGAAACGGAAAAAGAUAUCACUGCCUUUGCCACUAAAGGUCUUAGGACCCUUGCUGUUGCUUACAGGGAAAUACCCACGGAGGAGUAUGACAGAGUCGCUGAAUCUAUAAAACUUCUUGACGGCUCAAGCGCAGAAGCCCUUCAGCGUGUGAACCAACAGUAUGUAGUACUAGAACAACAAUUGACACUGCUUGGUGCAACAGCUGUGGAAGAUUGUCUUCAAGAUGAUGUUGUAGAUACACUCGCGUCUCUGCGAAGAGCUGGAAUCAAAAUCUGGGUGCUUACUGGAGAUAAGGUAGAAACAGCAAUAAACGUCUCCCAAUCGUGCGGCCAUAUAUCCGAGAACGAUCGUCGAAUGUUUCUUAUAAGUGUCGAAGACGAGUUCGCACUACAGCAGGCUCUAGAGCUUUGUAGACAGACGGUGGAAGAACCGGGCUAUCAGGAGAUGACUUUGGUGGUUGAUGGAGUCAGCAUGGCGAAUGUUCUGGAUACGGUGUAUGCGAGGGACUUCGUUGAUAUAUCGCUCAAGUGCACCGCAGUGCUGUGCUGUAGAUUGUCGCCGAUACAGAAAGCUAAGAUUGUUAAGUUAGUAAAGAACAGUUCGGAGCAUCCGAUUACAGCGGCCAUAGGAGAUGGCGCCAACGACAUCUCCAUGAUACAAGAGGCUCACGUAGGCUUCGGGAUAUUUGGGAAGGAGGGACAUCAAGCUGCCAGAUCGGCUGACUUCGCCUUCACAAAGUUUUCCAUGGUGAAAAAAAUGCUUCUGGUACUAGGACAUUGGUACUACCAACGACUGGCAACACUUGUCCUUUACUUCUUCUAUAAAAACUUAGUAUUAGGACAUAUUAUGUUAUUUUUCCAAAUAAACAGCGCGUUUUCGACACAGUCAAUAUAUGACAGUAUGUAUUUGACAUUCUACAAUCUAUUCUUCACGUCAGUGCCUUGCCUUGUUCUAUCUGUGACUGAGCAACGCUGGCCAGCCGAUUCAUUACUCAGAAACCCAAUGCUUUACCGAAAUAUUCGAAAAAACAAGCUCCUCUCAUGGCGAUACUUCGUACUUUGGCUGUCAGGAGCGUUAUAUCAUUCAGCGGUCUUAUAUGGGUUUAGUGCUUUAAUCUUCACUUCGGCUGUCUUUACAUCUGAUGGGAAACCUAUGGAUUUGUGGUCAUUCGGCGCAAUACUAUUCCACCAAAUGCUGGUAAUAGUGACAUUGAAGCUGUGCCUUCACGCGCGAUACCACACCCUGGCCUUCGCACUUACCGCUCUACUAUCAGUAUUGACUUAUGUAGCGUUUAAUACUAUAUAUUCGCUGUUUUAUUUCCAAGUGGAUGGCGACAUCCUAGGAACGUACACCCGUUUGCUCACCUCUCUGCCCUUUUGGCUGCUCAACCUGGUCACAAUUGUUGCUGCUCUUGCGCCGGACUUCUGUCUACGCAUUCUGAUUGAAAUAAGAGCGCGAAGAAACAUACAAACAAACACGGAAACACAGCAGGUUUAUUCCACCCAACUUUGAAAGGUCCCGUGAUCCCAUACGGAUCUUAAGCCAUAUGCCUCAUUCGUUUAUGAUUUAGAAGGAGCGAGACAAGCGUUUUGUGACAAUCAUCGCAGUGCAAAACAACCAUUACAACUUUGUUUAAUAUCUGUAUAAAAAGUUUGAAAAAUUUUCAAUAAGAUCAAUUUGAUAAUGUUAUGCCAAAUGAUUAGAAUAUAUUUAGAGAAGACUCGCUAAAGUGGAAAUUUGUUGGGAAAUGAUAGCGUGACCGCUUAAUGCAAAAAAGCCAUAUUUAGUCGUAAUUCAUAAGGUCUCAAUUACUAAACCAGCGCCCGUACUAUGUAACUUCCAAUAGGGUAUGCAUUUUGAUGUAGUUCUCUCAAUAUUCUUUUAAUUCAAUGACCCGGGGCCAGUUUAAAAACCAUCAAGUACACUAGCAGCUUGCAAAUUCGCCCCUUGUGACUUUUUGAAAUAUCUGCUAGUUGACUCUUCGAAUGAAUCCCUAAAUCUAUCUUGGUCCCAGAUUGUAUCAGUUUCUUUGAUAAUUUAUAUUUCAUAGACAAGUCGGUCAUGUUGUCGAUUUUUGGAUUUAGACCGGUUUCCUUACGAUGUUCCGUUCGAGUGUGUAUCAAACACAUAAACACAAUAUUGGAAUCGCGUAGAAAAUCUCAAUAUUGCAUUCCCUUUGGGACUUUACAACGUAUCGGUGCUGUCCUGUAAAAUCAUAUACGUAUUGUGUGAAAAGUAUCAAUUUAAUGAAGCAGUGUAUAAUUUUUUUUAAUUAAAAAUUCUACAGUAAAAACUGUUAAAUCACUAGAAAAUAUAAUAUCUACUCACAGCUUGAAAUAAUUAUAAAAAGCUACUUAAUUUUAUAAAUAAAAAUGACAAAUAGUUGUUAAAUUACCGAGUCAUUGAAAUAUUGUUAAACUAGCUAAUUGUGAUAAAAGGAGUUUAUAAGUAACAAUGGACCAAUUAACAUAGAUAUAGUAACAUUCUAGUCAUAAAAUAGUUAAUUGUAUAUAUGAUACAAUAUAUAAAGAAUACCAAGAUAUAAGUCUAUCAUCCAUGACCCAAUGCGUCAUAUAAAAGGGAUUAUGUUAGGAGUCCGAGAAUCAUCGAUUUUGCAGUUAAAUUAUUGGAAAAUCAAUGUAUCUAUAUGAACUCAAAAAACGGUCUGUAGGGACUAAGCUAAAAAUACUAAUCACAAUCAUAUGAACGUAAUAAAUUGUUCUAGUUUUAGAAUAUUAUUGUAACCUCUCUAUUUUAUUAAUAAUUGAAAGUAUUAUUCAAAACAACAUGUUAAAAGUCUUUGGUACAAAGUAUGUUUAAAUAAAUUAGAAUAUUAUUAAGUACGUAGUAGGUUUGAAUAUAAAUAAGAUUGCAUAUU